AUGAAAAACCAGAAUGCCGAAAGCAAAAAACAAGCCGAGGUCGAGGAAAACGAGAGAGCUGCGCGUUUCUGCCAAUCUGCACAAUUCGAACAGUACAUGAACGAUUACAAGCAAUACCUGUUGUUGCUGGAGGAUCGAUUUACAUUUCCGACACAUUUCUUUAACGAAUCAAAGAUUACGCCAGAAAUGCGUAUAGCUGCACUAAAUUGGCUUUCUCAGCUAUUUGUGAGAUUCGAUUUGCUACCAGAAACGCAACAAAUAGCAAUUUACCUAUUCGAUCGCUGUUUGAUUAAUUGCCAAAACACGCUCGAAGAGGUGAACUUGGCCUUGGUUGGCUUGGCUUGCAUGAUUUUGGCUAUAAAAGUUGAUGCAGUGGGUGGACCGAGUAUUUCAGACUGUGCAAAUUAUCUGGUUGCACGGCUUCGAACAUUCUCUACACCGAGCAAU